AUGGCUUCUCAAUAUCUGUCCCCACGUACCUCGGGCUUUAGCAUUGACCGCAUUUCCAGCCUUCCCGUCGAGCUUCUCGAAUGCAUUUGCUCCCACUUGGCCAACCGCGACAUCAAGUCUCUACGCUUGGCAUGUAAGCUCUUGGUACAGACCGCUCGUGUCCGUCUGAAUCGUGGUUUCCUCUCUGCGCACCCAUGUAACAUCGGAGUGUUCCGCGAAAUUGCAGACCACGAAGCUUCCCGGCACAAUGUCACCGAAAUCAUAUGGGUUGAUGCUCGCUUCAUCGAAGGCCCACAGCCGCAUCCCCACCCUGUUUGGGAAGUUGACGAGGCGGAUAUCGACUCUGACGAAGGAUGCCCCAUUUGGUUUAUUGCCGAGUGUAAUGAAAACAUUCAGAACCUCUAUAUGCGAAGGACUAUCGCGCAACCACCGCUGAAAGUCUGUUGGCAAUUAUAUCAGAAUUUAUUCUACCCGCAGGAAGACGUGCUGUUAUUGAACAGCGAUAUAGAUGCUUUUAUCUGUGGAAUCAAGCGGUUCCCGAGACUGAAACGAGCCACCAUCACCCCCGCAGCCCACGGAUGGCUCUGUGCCUCAUUAUAUGAGACGUCUAUGAUUCAAUUCUUUCCAUAUGGAUUCAACUACCCGAUUCCACGUGAAUGGCCGACAUCGAGAGAUGGGGAAAUGUCGCGGCAUGCCUAUCCGUGGAAAGAAGCAACCGAGGCCCGGAAGAACCAAUGGUGUGCUGUCCGAAAUGUGGCAUCUAUACUCACAGAAAUCAAGCACAAUGUCUCGGAAUUGGUUCUGGAUGUCGACCAGCUUCCGAUCAGUCUCAAUUGCACAAUACUUGAUCAGCCGUGUGAGGAAUACAACUUCUUCAUUAAAUACUUUGAAGCCCCGGCUUUUGUCGUCUAG